AUGUCUGAAGGGGAAACAGGAGGAUUCUCUGAAGGUUUUUUGUGGGAAAACCAGUCAUGGGCUAAUUUUAAUUCUGACAACUCAGGUGGUGCUGGUGAUGAAAAUAAAAAUUUGGGGACCAAGGAGGAGACAGCUGUGAUGGGAAUUAGUACAGAAGGUCAUAAUCAGGUACUGCCUGCACCCGGUAAGAAGCGGAGGGGAGGAGGAGGUGUGGGGAAGAAUGGGAUAAUCAAAGGAAGUACUAGUCCUGCUGACAAAGGAAAAGGUUCAACUGGUGCAGGUGAUGGUGGUGGUGAGUCAGAUGACCAUGAGAUGCAUAUUUGGACAGAGAGAGAAAGGAGGAAGAAGAUGAGGAACAUGUUUGCUAAUCUUCAUGCUUUGCUUCCUCAGCUUCCUCCUAAGGCUGACAAAUCCACAAUCGUAGAUGAGGCAGUGAACUACAUCAAAACCCUACAGCAGACUCUCCAGAAGCUACAAAAACAAAAGCUAGAGAGGCUCCAAGGUGCCACAACCAUCAAUUUCGAUCCAUCAAUACUCACCAAGCAAAAUGUUGCCUUUGGCUCUAGAGAGGAAUUCUUAGCUAAUCAUGGCUCUGCUGCUACAAUCAACCCUUCGAAUUCACUCUUAACCUCGCAUUGUGGUCCUGUGAACUUUCAAACAUGGACUACACCCAAUGUCGUUUUGAACAUCUGCGGCGAUGAAGCGCAAAUUAGUGUCUGUUGUCCAAAGAAGGCUGGCCUCCUUUACGCCAUAUGCUUCAUCUUGGAGAAGUAUAAACUUGGUGUGAUGUCGGCUCAUGUUUCCUCGGACUGCAAUCGCAGCAUGUACAUGAUUCAAGCACAUGUAAGUUUAAGUUUUUGUUCAAUUCUAUCUCUAUGAUUCAGCUUUUGUGUUACUCUAGAGUCAAUAUGCAGAACCUACAUUUUUUAGAAAUUUAAUUAAAGUGCUAGCUGGAAAAUGUUGCAUGACUUUGUUCCAGCUAAGUGCUUUUAGUGACUGACUACAUAAUAUCCCAUGGUGUUGCAUGUAGCAGUGAUAUAUAUACAUCUGGCGGACUAUGCCUCUCUCUUCACAUGACUCUCUCAUCACGUGACAAGUCAUGAGAUAGACUUAGUAAGUGUAUAUAGCACCGGGAUAUUCAAGUUUUCUUCUAAAUUAGGAGAAACACAACGGCGUGCUCGUCGCACUUCUACAUUACUAAUUCA